GAAGGAGCAGGAUGGCGGGGAGGAGAAGAAGCAGGUGCAGAAGAAGAAGGUGAAGGAGCUCAAAGUUCUGGACAGCAAGACCUCCCAGAACCUCUCCAUCUUCCUGGGCUCAUUCCGUAUGCCGUAUGAAGAAAUCAAGAUGGUGAUCCUGGAGGUGAACGAGAAGGUGCUGACAGAGUCCAUGGUCCAGAACCUGAUCAAGCAGAUGCCGGACCAGGAGCAACUGAACACGCUGGCCGACAUGAAGGACGAGUACGAAGACCUGGCAGAGGCCGAGCAGUUUGCGGUGGUGAUGUCGGGCGUGAAGCGGCUGAAGACGCGGCUGGAGGCCAUCCUGUUCCGGCUGCAGUUCGAGGAGCUGCUGAACAACGUGAAACCCGACGUGGUGUCGGUGACGGCCGCCUGCGAGGAGCUCAGCAAGAGCCAGACCUUCGCCAAGCUCCUGGAGAUCAUCCUGCUGGUCGGCAACUACAUGAACGCCGGCUCCCGCAACGGCAAGGCCUAUGGCUUCAGCAUGUCCUACCUCUGCAAGCUGCGCGACACCAAGUCAGCUGACCACAAGCAGACCCUGCUCCACUUCCUGGCGGACGUGUGUCAGGAACAGUAUCCCGAGGUCAUGGGCUUCAGCGAUGAGCUGGUCCACGUGGAGAAGGCCAGCCGAGUGUCAGCGGAGGUGCUCCAGAAAAACAUCGAGCAGAUGGGCCGUCAGAUCAAGACCCUGCAGAAGGAUCUGGAAGCCUUCCCCCCUCCCCAGAACGAGAGGGACCUGUUCUCUGAGAAGAUGUCGAGUUUCGUGGGCACAGCGAAGGAGCAGCACGAGAAGCUGGAGCUCAUGCACAACAACAUGGAGGAGCAGUACAGCGAGCUGGGCCGCUUCUACGUGUUCGACCCCCGCAAGAUGUCCGUGGAGGAGUUCUUCGGGGACCUCAAGACCUUCAAGACCAUGUUUGAGCAAGCGGUGAAGGAGAACCAGAAGAGGAGGGAGACGGAGGAGAAGAUCAAGAGGGCCAAGCUGGCGCGAGAGAAGGCCGACAAGGAGAAGGAGGAGAAGGCCAAGAAGACCCAGAUCCUGGACAUCAACUCAGAGGGCGAUGAGACUGGUAUCAUGGACGGCCUGUUGGAGGCGCUGCAGUCUGGCGCUGCAUUCAGGAGAAAGCGGGGACCACGGCAAGCAGCCAAUCACAGGCGAGCUGGACACGCAGUGACCAAUCUACUGGCCAAAGAGCUGAUGCAGGAGGACCCACAACCAGCCGGACUAGGAUUUAAGAAGAUAAAGAGGGAGGAGCCUAUGCUGGAGGGGGCGGGAUCUUUAGAAGACCUGUUGGACGAAAAUCUUUCUCGGGCCAAUUAGAACUCUCUAAAACUCCAGAGUUAACCCCCAAACAGAAAGGGUCCCGGGUCGACCGUAGCCAAACACAACGGCAACUUUGAAGCUUUGCUUAUCCCUAAAGACAGACUGAUCUGGCCCUGCUCCUCCCAGGCUGGUGGACCUCCCUCUCUCUCACCUCGUCAUGGCUCCCUGAACGCCCCUCACUGUCGGCCAUUUGUUACCGCCAUAGGCACCUAGCUGCUCUCUUCUGCAUCUGCCCCCGCCAUCUUCGGCUCUCUUUUACCUUUGCUCUUUUUGUCUUUUUUAUUUUCUUUCGUUUCAGGCCCGCAUCGAAUCCAUUCAUAGUUCUGUCUCUCCCCAUAAGUCACUCAUCAGGAGAAUCCAAAGACUUAACUCAGGAGCAAGCCGCAAUUUACAAGAUCCGCCGGUAGCUUGGCUUCAAUCACGCUUUGAUUUGUUAUAUUUCUGGUGUUUAAUAACAAAUUGUGUACUUUGUGUAUUUCAAUGGUUUUAUAAACAUUCAGACGCUCUUUUCUCCCCAAACCCGUGCGCUUCUGUACUACUAGAUGAAUGUGCGUCAGUUUAUACUUUACCUUAAUGUGUAUCAUUAUUACUGUUUAAAGAACCACUAUGUGCCAAUCAAUACAAUCUUUCUGUCCAAUCACGCUUGGUGUUGGACAGGUGUGUGGACCAAUCAAACCUUUUCUCACAAGUUGUUGAAAUCCCACUGGUGUAUGUUGAUGUUUUGGUGAAGGGAUUCACUCGUUUUUUGGAGACGUUAAAUGCACGGGUGUUAAUCUUUAUUCGUAGACGUAAGCAUACAUUAAAAGCACUGUAUCCACACAUGUUGAAAAUGGUACAAUUAGGUCCUAAUGCAGAUAUGUAAACCCAAACUUACAGAGAUGACGUCCUUUAACCCCAUAUCAAUAAAUGCGCCAAAGCAGGAGUAAUAGACCCACGUCCUUACUCGUGAGCCAAUCAGAGCACAGGCGAUUGUUACCGAUCUCAACGAAUGUAUGUUGGUGACAGUGGGUUGGUUUGCAUGUAGUCAGUUGGGUCUAUUUAGUGCUGCGAGGUAGCACUGUAAUCUACACAUGUGUGCGUUUGUGCGCACAUUGUCUAUUCUCAACCAUGCAUUUGUGUAUGUAACUGUCCUUUCGGCCACCUGCAAUAACUGCACAUUGUAGACCAUUGUCAUUAAUUAGUUUUCAUAAACAGCAAAACACUUGAAAACAGCCCAAAAUACUGCGUGCGUGCGUGUGCGUGUGUGUGUGUGUGUGCAUGCGCGUGUGUGUGUGUGUGUCAUUUGUUUGCUGAGCGUCUGGUGUCAAUGUUUCCUAUUCGUGGACCAUCAGAAUAAAUGUUGCCGUGAUGUCUCAGUGUAGAUGUUAGCCUUCAAACAGGAAUUUUGAGAGAUACUCUGGACCACGGUUCAUUUGAUACGCAGCAAUAUUUAUUCCUAUGCAAACCGACUGUACAUGACCACAGCAUCAGGAUGUAGGGGCAGGGAAGAGCAUAUCAGUAGAAGAUGUGUUUCACACAGCAGCACAAAAUGGAAGCCAAUAUUUGUUAUACUUCAGACGAUGUGUGUGGAGAUUUCACUGUUAUUGAAGAAACUAAGUCGGGGAAUAGCAUUAUAUGCACAGGGAACAAUUCGCACUUAGCAGACUAAUAUAGCAUUCCAUGGAGCAGCAUGAUGGCAACAAGGGGAAUAGAAAAUCAAUAAAGGCAACACUUGUUGCGCUAAAAUUAAAAGCAAAUGGUUAUUGUUUAUGUGACUGCAAUCACCAAAGCUAUGCUAACAGGUCACCAACAGGUGAUGGAUUAUCUCCCAACAGCUCUCAUGUCAAUAUGCAAACGCUCAGCCUGUCUUUUAAUUUGUUCCACAUGUUUCAUCUCCAGAUGGAAACUUCCAUGGGAGCAUUUCUGAUGUGGAGCGGUGGAUUCAAAUAUCUUAAGAUAUCAUUCCUUUUGUCGAUUUAUAUUGAUUGUUAUUUGUUUUGAUUUUUUUAAAGAGAUUUUUAUGUAAUUUUUUUUUUACAGUUAAUUUUAAUGUAUGUGAUUUUUUGGACCAAAUAAUGUACAAGAGUGGUUUGCUUUGUUUCAGAACAAUUCCAUUUAGCUUGCUUCUGAAACGCCACAAAGUCUUGUAGUUAGUGGAAGGCUCUUGCAUAAUGUACACAUCUGUUACAGAAUGUGUUUGACUUUUUGUUGUAAUAAAAUGUCACUCGUAACAAAUGUGUGUGUCAAACAUUUCUUCUUGGUCCCGAAAGGUAUUCCUUUUAAAAGCGGGUUUCUCGGCAUAGGUACGUUAAAAGAGCAGUCGGAAUACUUUUCUCCUCAGAACCUCUCUCUCCCAUCUCAUAAACACACUCGGCUGUAAAGAUAUUCCAUGAAAGUUGAAUUGGCAGAGUAUGAAAGGAAUGUAUAAACAGUGGUUAUGCAAACGUAAAACCAGAAAAACUGUCGAAGUUCUCAGAUGAGGGCCGGUGUUCCCUCGCUACAGCGAG